UCAUGUGUAUCCAUGGUUGAGCCACGGAAUUAUGGAAUUUGUAGUUUUGAAAACUGCAUCAAGAAGUUUUGUAUCGAAACGCAUGGACUAUCCGCUGGCGAGGAUCCCAAAUGAAAAGGCUUUAAGAUGGAUUCUGUACAAUGCUAUUGGAGUGGAGCAAGUGGUAAACAGUCCAUUCCAAAAUCCAGGCCCAUAGCAAACACAUUAUCCAGACUGGCUGAGCUGAUGGCUCGUGUGGAGCAUAGACAAGAAGGACAUUCUCCAAAGUCCCAACAGUCCAAUUUUUCCAUCUGUAAAGACUGCGGUCAAGAAUUCUCAGAUCUCAAGUUGUCCUGCCACCAGCAGAGUGAGCAUGCCCUACAAAAGCCUCAUCGCUGUCAACACUGUGGCCAGGAAUUUGCUCUUGGGUCUACUUUGCAGCUCCACAGAUGCCUAACCAACCACUUGGUGUGCAAAGUGUGUAGAGGGAGGCCGCAACAGGGCUCCUCGUGCCACUCGUGUCUUGCUGAGGCCUUGGGCCCCCAUUACAUAAAGGAACAAUCCCACCAUUUAAACCACAGACUUCACCAUGACAGCAGUCCCUAUGCCUGUGCCCCAUGUGGAAAAGCAUUCAGCCAUAAGCAGGAGCUUCUGUGCCACCAGCAGGUCGGAGGCUGCCAGCCAGCCCCACUGAGCCCCAAGGCGUUCACGACUUCUUCGGCUUUGCUUGCUCUUUCUCCUGAUGAUGCACCCGCACCCUCCUAUGCUUCCCUUCCACCCUCACCUUCAGAGUCCAAAGACUACCCGUUUACUUGUAGGAACUGCCUGAAAACAUUCCGUACUGUGCAAGGCCUGGCAAGCCAUCAGCGUCUUGUUCAUACAAACAGUAAGACAAAGAAAAAGAAGACAACUGAACUUAACCAAAAGUUGAAGGAUUCUUUGUUUCCAUGCCGAUCAUGCGACAGGGUUUUCUCUCAGACCUCUAUGCUGUACCUACAUAGGAAAGAAGAGCAUAGGAGAAAGACUUCAAGGAUGAGACAGCAGAGGAGCCAUGCGAAGUGCACCCGGCAGAGGCAGAAAGGCGAGACGUACCCAUGCUUGCAGUGUGGAAAGGUAUUCUUGCACCAUCUCACUCGCUGGGCACAUUUCAAGAGCUACAGCACCCACUAUCAGACCCACCUUGCAAACAGUGGGAAAUCGGGCAAAAUGGACAGGGUUGACAGAGCUGCCAAAGACCUCAAAACAGCCAAAGACCUUAAACUUAAACAUGCCUCAAAACCUUUGAAGGAGACAAAAAAUUUUAAGACUAACAAAAAAGUAAAGAAGCAGCACCUACAUUUGAGGACCAGAAGAAAGGAGCUUGCAGACAAAGAGGCUACAGAGAUACAAGAUGAAGAUGGAGAGUUCCCUUGCGCAUCAUGCGAGGAGGUCUUCAAGACCCAGUCUUCCUUGCAAAAACAUGAAGAGGUUCACCAGUCCUCAUACACCCCAAACCACUGCAGUGUGUGUACUGCUGGGAUUGCUCUGCCUGCAGUUGUGGAGUCCUCUGUGAAUAGAGUCUAUCACUGUGUCCCUUGUAAAGAGAUAUAUGUAGACCUGGUUACUUUUCUACAGCACUGUACUACACACCAUUUUGGCAAUGAAGAUAAAAAGGAUGGUGACCGGUUCCGUGAUGAUUGAAAGGAUGCAUAGAUUAACGUCUGGCCAGAAUAACGUCAGGAAUUGUGUGUUGCAUGUCCUCCUCCUUUGACUUCUCCAAAGAGAUAGCUUAGCAUAUUUAGCAGCCUUUGUUUUCUGUGAGAUUUGAGCUUUUACUGCACCUUGAAGAGCCUUUAAAGGUACUGAAACAAGUUCAGUUGCCAGUGAUUUAUAACAAAUAUAAGUGAAAGAAUGCCAAACAGUGUUUCUUAGAAAGAGGAAUGUAUGGUUAUUUGCUGUGAUUCAUCAACACCAUUGAAUGUUGAACUCUUUUAGUAGAACAUACACUGUCAAAUAUCAAUUUCUAUGUUUCUGUUAAAAUUGUCACUGUAUGAGUUACAGACCAUUGUUAAAUACCAGCUAUAUAUUUGUGUAUAUAUAUUUUUUUUUUCUUUUUUUUUUUCUUCAAAUGCUGAACUAUAUCUUGCUGUGUACACUGCUAAAUUUCUCACAAUAUAUUGGUGUAGGAUAAUUUGAAUCUACUUUUGGCACUGGCAUCUUUUUAAGACUCAAAUGAGAUUUCUUUCUCGAUGUGUUAUUUUUGACACUGGAACAGAACAACUGUGUUAGUAUUUAUGUAGUGUACACAUAUAGACCACAAAGAAAGGUACGAUUCAUAGUAUUCUAUGUUAUGUUGGGUCUGUUGUCUCAGUUGAUCACAUAUUCCCAUGAAAAUGAUAUGCUUAUUAAUUUUCUGUGCAAGCCACCCAAGAAGCCACUGAAACUAGUCUGUUGUAUCAGAUAAAACAGCUUGUUUGUUUGUUUUUUCCAGACAUGUCUUGAAAUAACAAAUGUUUUAUGUAAAGUGGAGUUUAAGAAGUUCUGUGGCCCUUACAACUAAACCAAAAGCACCUUUAGCUAGCACAUGUUUCACCCCUGUGCCUCAUUAUGCUCACCUCAACUAGUGCCUUGUGAUAGCAUGUGGGCUGUGCCUGCAUAUUCCUAAAGCAGCUGAGUUGGAGUGGGAUUUUAAUGUAGAUCAGUACUGCUGUGACAUUACUGUAUUUUACAUUUUCUUUCAACAAUGGUCAGCAGAAGUCAGAGACAUAAAUGUUGUCGAAGACUAUCUAAAGAUGUUUUUGUUAAUUCACAGACUACCUCUUCAAAUCUACUGCUCUGUCCCAAGACACAUGGACAUAUUAUGCAAGCAUUAAAGCCACUGUCAUCAAUAUGUGGGUUUGUGAAGCUUUAUGUUUGAGAUUAUGUCCAUAGUAUGAUAUAAUCUCUUAUUUGUUGACUUUUUAGUGGGAGAUUAAAUUACAUAAAUGGAA